CCGUCCGUGAAAAGGCUCGAUCGCGCUGCCGUUAUGAUCCGUGAUCCGCAUUGAGAGACCCUCACCUUUCUUUCCUGCUCUUCCACCGUCCACGUCUGCGUCGUCAGCUUGCUCCGCCGCGAUCGCGAUUAUCCAACUCUCUUGCUUGCGCAGCCUGCAUUUUGCCCGCCCCAUCGAUCUGUGCAUUCCUUCGUACCUGAUCAUCAGCGAAAAAUCACUUGCCACUGCGAUGGACCUGCCGGACCGACCGUCCUUGCGGCGAGCCGGGUCUGGAGAAGGUAGUACCACCAGUAUCGACAGCCACCCAUCGCGCAACCUGCUGUUUGGUGAAAUCGACAGCAGCGCUUCGUUUGUGAGCGGCCGAUCCCGCUCCAACAGCUCAGUAUGCAACCUGGUGCUAUCCAGUAAUCAGGCCUUCUUGCGUUUUUGGCACUCGGAAGACUGCAGAGAAGCAUUCCUGAAGCGUUGCGACAGGCCCACCCUUCGCGAAGCACGCCUCGUCUGCCAUGACUUCGCAGCAAAAACUGCGCCGUUCCUCUUCAAGGAGCUGUCUGUCCAUUUUAAGCCCACCUCGUUCACCAAAACCCGGCGCAUGAUCGCGCUCAAGAAGAUCGGCCACCAUGCACUCAAGUUUACCUUCCGCAUGCCGCAUUCCAGUGAGACGUUUUUGCCCCCGUUGCUGGAUCCUGUGACGGGCGAACAACAUAGCUUUACGUAUGUGCCGCAAAUUGAACGGCCUUCCACGCCUACGGACGGCUCUCGCGUGGCGAAGUACGGGUCGGAGGAGAUAACCAACAUGCUCAUCAGCCAAUAUCCGCCAUUGUUCCAUGCCGCGACCAACAUUCCGGCGUUCAUCCGCGCGCUGUCUUACAUGCGAAACAUUCGGCACAUUGUCAUCAGCUGCCCAGGUCAAGAAGAACCUCAGCUUCAUCGGCGAAGCGUUGUAGAUUACGCCCUGAUAUCGCUUCGGAUCGCUAUCGAAAGAGCGUCGCUAGACGACUUCGAAGCCCUGACGCUCGAAUCGAUACAUCCGGCUGCACUCUUUUACCUUCAACCCAUCCAUGGCAUUGGAUCGACGCCAAGCUCUCAGCGACGCUGGUCACAGGUCGAACAGCUCUCCGUGCAUAUGACUAGUUUCCCUUUCGACGACCCGGACAGGACAGAGCACCUGCGCAUCCUGCACGCUUACCUGCGCGCGUUCUCCCAGAACUUGACCAGCCUUCACUUCUCUUGGGUGGGCAAGCAAAGCGGGCCGUCGCCUUUGACUCUGGACAAGGAGCCUGUCCUCCUUCAGUCAACGACGGAUGGACAACCUGCUGCAUUGCCCAAAGCAUUGCGCUUCCCCAAGCUAAGGUACAUGGUGCUCAACAAUGCCGUCAUGGACUCAAGUCAAGUUGCGUCUUUCAUCUCGCGACACAAGAAGCGUCUUGUCGAGUUCAACUUCGAAGAAGUCACAUUGCGCAGCGGCGACUGGGAUCACGCCUUGAAACCUCUCCGCAAGUCGAGAUACGCUGCAAAGCCACUCUCAUCAGUAGCCCAGGAAGCUCAGUAUAUGCCGGAGAGCAUGGACGUGCCAUGUGUUUGGUCGCCCAUCGAAGCCGAGCCUGAGCCUCGCAUCAUGGAGACUCUGGAGCCCCAGUACCAGUUCGCGGCUCCCUCACAACGUGGCGGCUUCAGCGUUAGCAAAUGGUUGGCAAUUCGACCCGGGAAAAGACUACAAAAGAAGGAGCCGUCGACAGCGUCAUCGCACCUAAGAAAAGCAUUGUUCUCUUGGAGAUGAGCCGCCUGUGAUCGUGGGUCACGUUCGCAAAGCUGGAUCUUUGCGCGGGAAAGCGUUCACGCGCGCGCUCGCUUUUCUCACACACAUCCUGUCUUUGUUGGCCUGUUCCCUUACUGGAACUCUUUUUUUUUUUUUUUACUUUUUUCCCACCC